AAGAAACAGAUGGUGCGCCCAGAGAACUCACAGCUUGUUUCUGGUGUGUUCUGUGCGUCGGUAGCAGCUUGACAAUAUCAUCUCCAAGUGUGGGAGUAUGGAGGGCAAGGAAGAGUUCCAAGUUCCGAGGAUCAAGAUGGGAAGACAAGGAUUUGAGAUUUCCAAGAUGGGUUUUGGGUGCUCUGGACUCUCUGGGAUAUUCAACCAUCCCCUUCCCCAUGAAGAAGGUGUCUCCCUCAUCAUCGAUGCCUUCAAUAAGGGGGUGACAUUCUUCGACACUGCUGAUGCUUAUGCCGAUGGAGACAACGAAAUCCUUAUCGGGAAGGCUUUGAAGCACCUACCUCGAGAAAAAGUUGAGAUAGCAAGCAAGUUUGGCAUCGCUGGUUUUGAAAAUGGGCGGCUGCUGAUCAAAGGUGCACCUGAGUAUGUACGCAAAUGUUGUGAAGGAAGUCUCCAACGCCUUGGUGUUGACUACAUUGAUUUGUACUUCCCACACCGCAUAGACACUACGGUUCCUAUAGAAGAAACUAUGGGUGAACUAAAGAAGUUAGUCGAGGAAGGAAAGAUCAAGUACAUUGGUUUGUGCGAGGCGAGUCCGGACACCAUAAGGCGUGCUCAUGCUGUUCAUCCCAUCACUGCAGUGCAAAUGGAGUGGUCUUUGUGGACUCGUGAUAUCGAGGAUGAAAUAAUCCCCCUUUGCAAAGAACUGGGUAUUGGAGUAAUUGCGUACAGCCCUCUUGGUCAUGGUUUUUUUGCUGGAAGAGCAAAUACGGAAGGAUUGCCCGAAGGAAGUAUACUGGCCCUCAAUCCAAGAUUUAAUGGUGAGAAUGUAGACAAGAACAAGAUCAUAUACAUGCGCGUUGCAAAACUGGCUGCCAAGUAUGGGUGCACUCCUCCUCAACUAGCCCUGGCUUGGCUCCUCCAUCAGGGAGAAGAUGUGGUACCUAUCCCAGGUACAACAAAAGUCAAGCAUCUAGAUGCCAAUAUUGGGUCUUUGAAAGUGAAGUUAUCUGACAAAGACCUGAAAGAAGUUUCAGCGGCAGUGCCAAUCAAGGAGGUUGGUGGUGAGAGGGAUAUUGAUCUCUUCACUAGUUGCUCAUGGAAGUUCGCUAAUACACCACUGCCUAGCAACCAAACCCCCAAAGCAGUAGCUGGCUAGAACUUGCUGAAGAUAGAGUUGGCUUUGUUCGUCAAUCCUGUCUUCCAUGUCUCCCUGUCACUGGGAAAGCUAAAUAAACUUCUAUUAUGCUUGUUAUGUUGUUUAGUUUUGGGUAUCAGUAUAUGUGAUCAAUGCGUAUGGUUUCUUUCAAUGAGUUGUAUAUGCUCGUCCUGGAUGAGCAGUCCCAGCCAACUUCUGAAGUAUUUAAUAAAUUAUGAUGUUGAUCAUCAAUAUCUCUAUCA